AUGGCCUUACAUUUUCUAAGCUUUCGCCCCCAACUGAUCUUGGGAGACCUUGACUAUGAGGUCUGCAUAACCUGCACAAGUCCGGUGCUGGCAGCAGACGACUUCUCCGGCUUCUUCAGCGACGCCGGCUCUCGUUUGGAGCGGGAGCUCCGGCAGGCGGUGCUGAGAAGCCGCGUGGCCGUCUGCAUCAUGAACAUGACCAAAGGCUGCGAGAUGCCACCGCCGGGCUACAAGGCAGAGGUCACCUGGGCCGAGGAGCGGAACAUCCCCGUGGUCCCAUUCUACGAUGCCGACCGCUACGACUGGAAGGAGGCGGCAUCCUGGAAGAUCGACCUUCCUGCGGUCUUUCGUUGGGGGCUCGGGCCGGUGCGCUACCGCCGGGCCGGCCAUGAGGAGGCAAAGGAGCAGCUGACGUCCGCGCUUCAGCGCGCUCUGAAGGAUCUGGAAGAGCGGACGCCGACAUACGCGGACGAGGAGGCGGCAGCUCGCGGGCGCUUGGCGGCUGCGGCGCAGGGCCUCGCGGACGCAGCCACUGCUGGGGGCGUGUCCCAACUGGGCCUUGAGCUCUCUCGCGCGGAGGUGGCUUUGCGCGAUGCGCGGACCAAGGAGGCGGCGGCCAAGAGGCGAGCUGCACAAGAAGCCGAGGAGGAUGGCUUGGAGGAGAAUGCUUUGGGGCUCGACAGAAGCGACUUCGAGCGUGCGGGCCUCGUCGAGCGAAAGCUGGAGAGAACCAACUCCAUGCGCGACAUCACGGUGGACAGCGCUUUGGCCAUCCUCCAGAAAGGUGCCAGCGCGGUGGCAGCGGCUGCGGGCUACGGCAGCGUGGGGGACCCGCUGGCAGCUCGAGAGGGUGGCUGUCGUCUCGAGCUGGCCAAGGGUGUGGAGGAUGUGAGCGACGAGACGCUACGAGGUGGCGACCCAAAGCACCGCAUCUGCAUACCGGCGAAGGGCAUUCUUCGAAAGGACCGGGCUGGAAGCAAGAGCGGGAAGAAGGCCACAAAGAGCUCGGGCCCAGAGGCGGCCAAGAGCUUGCGGCUCGCGCCACAGGCCCUGGAGGAGCGGCGCUUCCGCUUCUCCGUUCAGUUGUUGGAGAUGCACCUGGACAGCCUCCGAGUGGACGAUGUACAUGAGCUCAUCACGGUCCUCCGGUGCUUGCAGUAUGGCACAUCUGAGCAGGGGCUGACGACUCGUUCGCUAAGGUUGCUCAAAGCUUUCCUCGAAGAGCACAUGAGCCUUCAUGAUCGCGCACUGCAGCAAGGCGUCGUCCAAACAGUCGUCGAUGUCAUGAAAAGCCAGCCGGAGGUGGACAUCUUGACCAGCGGCGUCGCAGUUCUCGGAGCGGUCCUCCAGGGCUCCGCCAAGCGCGGGGGACUCGGCUCCGAGGCGCAGGCGCUCUGCGGCGGCGGCACUGCGGUGGCUUCGGCGCCGGAAGACCUCGUGACCAACAUCUCCAAGUGUGGAGGUGUUCCGGCGAUCGUCGACGGAAUGCAGCGCUUCCCUGCCUGUGAGGGGCUCCAGGAGCGUGGCUGUUGCUGCCUAGCGCUCCUCACGACCGGCGGUGCAGACGACAACAAGGUCUCCCCGGACUACGAGAAAGGUCGGCACGCAGAGUCCUCCGUGAUGCUGCGGGGGCAGAGUCGGCGGCUCAUCGUCCGUCAAGGCGGUAUGGAACUGCUCCUUGGCGCCAUGCGGCGCUUCCCACGGAACGGUUUGCUGCAGACCUUCGCGUGCCUGGCCGUGGGGCAAGUUGCCAGCUCGGAGCUUCAGGCGAAGGAGGUGGCCUCAGAGAAAGGCGCAGCGGUGCUGCUGCUGCAGGCACUGCGACGCCACUCCAAGGAUCCGCUCGUUGCCCGCUACGCUUGCGCAGGGCUAAGGCAGUUGGCAUCCCAUUCGCUGCAGACAAAAACGUCCAUCGCCGAGGAAGGAGGAGUCAUCGCCCUUCGCGACGCUGCCCAGAGAGGACUGUCCGGCAGCAUCGGCCUCUCUACAGAGGCCUUGGGAGCUCUGUGCCACCUUGCGUCGAAGCACCCGGAGAACAAGCUGCGCAUCUUCGAAGCCGGCUGCCUGGAACUGGCUUUCGAGGCCUUGGCACCAGGAGGUUCGCCUCCCGGUGCGGAGUCGGCAGAGGCAGAGGGCGACGGUGCGUCGCCCCCGGCGCAGGCAUUCCCGGACGCCGAGCUUGCAGUUGCGACAUGCGGGCUGCUGCACAACAUGUCCAUCGACACGGCCAUCAAGAGCCACGUCGUGAAGCUCGGUGGCCGAGAGGCGGCAGAUCGACUCUCCUCGCACGAGGACUCCACCGUGCGGAAUUUGGCCAAGCUGUUGGCCAAAACCCUGGAGCCACCGAAGGAGUCCACGAACGAUCCGUUCGGUGCCCUCUUUGCCACACGCACGCCAGGGCUGUCUGCUCCGCGCCGACCGCUGUCGAAGCGGGAGAAGAAGGUGGUCAGCCAGAUGGAUUUCGACGAUAUCCGGGAUCGGGCCGAUGAGAGCACGCCGGAGCCGUGA